AUGGCAGCUGUUGUCGCGCAACGAUUUGUGAGGAGAAAUGAACACUACAUAAAGUGCCAAGUACUUAUCUAUCCAGUUAUCCACGUGUUUGGAUUUUGCUUACCUUCUUUUCAAGAAUAUUAUGAGAAUUAUGAUGCUGUUCUCAGCCCUACUGAAAUGGCAAGGAUGAUGUUGCAUUAUUUGGGUAUGCCAGCAACCCAGAGAAACAUCGAGUUGCUCAUCGCUGGUCAACAUAUUCCAAAAGAGCUCAAAAUCUCAGAAGAGUUUAGUGAUUCCAACCUGAACUUCACUUUUCAAGAACAGCUCCAUGCGAAAGCAGCAACACCCGAUGAAAAAGAGAAAAUCCAAUUGCAAGCUUUUGCUGACAAAGGAUCUGAUCCGGAUGUUUCUCCACUGUUUGGUGUGCGCAACGACCUCCCUCCAGCGAUGGUUAUCUCUGCCGAAUUUGAUAUUUUAAGGGACGAAGCGAUACAGUACGCGAAGAAAUUGCAAAAGGAGAAAGUUCCCUGCGAAUGGAAGCAUUACAAAACAGCAUGUCAUGGCGUAUGCAGUUUUCCAAAUAGUUCGUUAUGUGAGUUAGUUGAAAAGAAGAUGUGGAUCAGCAUUGAUCAGGAAAUUCCGUUUAACAGAUUCUAUAACGAUGCAAUCAUUCUGUAUCAGUGA